UUAGUUUGGGACGGCCCAGGUAUAUAAAGAAGACGGAGAGGAUGCUCACACCCCCAUUAGACGGCAAGAUGAGUUACGGAUCAGAAUACUACAGUGCUUCUUCCUACAGGAAGGUUUUCGGGGACUCCCCUCGCUUCUCGUCCUCUAAAAUGAGUAACCCCGCUUCCUCGCGGAAUUCUUACUCUUCCGGCGGGUAUAGGUCCCAGUCUCUCUCCCGCAUUAACACCUCUUCCCUGGGCUCUUACCGGAGGCCUGGGCGCUCUUCGUACUCGUCGUUUCCGAGCGACACCGUUGAUUUUGCCCAAACCUCACUUCUCAACAAUGAAUUCAAAACCGUUCGAACAAAUGAGAAGGAGCAGAUGCAAGGGCUCAAUGACCGCUUUGCUAUGUUCAUCGAGAAGGUGCGCAAUCUUGAGCAACAGAACAAAGUCCUGGAGACCGAGCUGGUGGCUCUGCGCGGGAGGCAGAACGAACCGUCUCGCAUUGCUGACAUGUACCAGCAGGAGCUCCGGGAUCUACGCUCCCAAAUGGAGGCGUUAAAUAACGAAAAGUCUCAGAUUCUAGUCGAGCGGGACAACGUCGAAGAAGAGCUGCAGAAACUAAGAGCCAAAUAUGAAGACGAGAUAAGGGCUCGAGAAGACGCCGAGCAAACCCUGAAGGCUUUCAAGAAGGACGUGGACGACGCCACGGUAGUCCGACUGGACCUGGAGAAGAAAGUAGAAUCUCUCCUGGAUGAGAUAUCUUUCUUAAGGAAGGUGCACGACGAAGAGGUGACGGAGCUGAUGAACAUGUUGCAUGCGAGCCAGGUGUCGGUUGAGAUGGAAGUAGCCAAACCCGAUCUGACAUCAGCCCUGAAGGAGAUCCGAAGUCAGUACGAGUCGAUGGCAUCAAAGAACCUGGAGUCAGCGGAAGAGUGGUACAAAUCCAAAUUCGAAAAUCUUAACGAGCAGGCGAGUAGGUCCAACGAAGCCAUGCGAGCGAACAGGGAGGAGAUCAACGAAUAUAGGAGGCAGAUGCAGUCCAGGACCAUCGAAAUCGAAAGCCUCAGGGGUACCAACGAAUCUCUGGAACGGCAGCUCGGAGAGAUGGAGGACCGGUACAAUGCCGAGAUCUCCGGUUUGCAGGACACUAUUGGUCAACUAGACAAUGAACUGAGGACGACUAAGGGCGAGAUGGCGCGUCACCUGCGGGAGUACCAGGACUUACUGAAUGUCAAGAUGGCGCUGGACAUCGAGAUUGCAGCCUACAGGAAACUGCUGGAGGGGGAGGAGACUCGUUUCAACACUGGGAUAACCUUCCCCACCUCCAACCCCGGUCUCAACUACAGCUACCAGACCCGCAUUUACAGCGGCUCCUCCAAGGGGGGGAAGAAGGAGGAGAAGGAGGAGGAGGCGCAGGGGAAGUUCAGCAAGGGAGGCAACCCGCGCGAGACCAGCGACGAGGCCAAGAAGGUGGAGAAGAGCGGCUCGGAUUCCUAUUCCUCCGGCCAGAAGAACUGAGCCUUCCCCUCCGCUCUCUGGUCCAUCACUGAGCCUUCAGAGAGCAGCUGUGACCCCGCCCCCUCACUCUUCACCGUCCCGCCUCUGCCUUCCUCUCUGUCUGUCCGUCUGUCUGUCUCCCUUUCUCUCUCUCUGUCCGUCUAUCUCACGUUACGGUCUCUUGGAAAACACAGUUCUGAAAUGUCAUGAAAAGUUCAUUCUUUAGGGCAAGAACACACUCGUUGCACGUCACAACGUGAACCAGUUUACACGCGACUGUUUAACACACUUUACUGCCACAGGGUACAAAUGACUCUUCACACAUUCCACCGGAUGUGUGUGUGUGUGUGUGUGUUUGUGUGUGUGUGCGUGUGUGCGCGUGCGUGUGUGUGUGCGUGUGCAUGUGCGUGUGUGCGUGUGCAUGUGUGUGUGUGUGUGUGAGGGACUUUACACAUACCGUGCAUGCUCGUUUCAGAACGUAUCAGAUCUACAGUUUAUGUCAGCGUAUAUAGGUCCACAAACAGAACCAAAGAAGGUCAUUUGUCUUUUUCAUAGAUAAUUCCAAGAUUACAGCAAGGUUUAAUAAACAGUUUACGUAUCAAAAACAGUCUCUUGAAACCAGCCAUAAACCUUAUCUGUUAGCAAUUCCCUGUUUGGCCAGGUUGCUAAUACUGUAAUAACAGGAAUAUUCAUGUUUUAGAAUAACUUGAAGAGACAGUCAGACACACUCCUUUAGACUGUUCUUGCAGGCUUAUUCUAACCGGCUUUAACACUGUUAAUCUGUCUAGAACACGAGGCCAAAUCAGUCAGCAUUGCAUAUACAAGUUCAUGUUCAGUCCAGCUUUCAAUCUCUCAUUAUUAACGAAGAGACUGCUUUCUUUGGUCCCCAAACGCACAGAUUCAGACUCAGUAUUGUUCUCCAAGAUUGCCCUAGAUGUGUCCCUUGAAAAGAGUUUAAAUGAAAUAUAAUCAGCUGUAAAUUGCAUGUUAUGUAUCUGCUUCAUGUUUGCAUGGUGACUGUCUGCCAGCCAUUUGACUGUUCACAUAUGACACAGGCCUCCUUACUCUCUCCUAUAAUUAGCUGCUGUGUUAUUAUUCAUAGCGAAGCUUAAAGCAGGAAUAUAGAGAUAGAAAUGGUUGUACAGGAGACUGCAGUAGCUAACUGAAUUCUCGUAGUUUUGGAGUCUACAGUACCAUACAUGACACGGUCAUUAAUUAUAGCGGUUGACUCUUUAUGUGUAUAUCAAUGUUUCUCACUGGGGGCACUUGAGGUAGCAUAAUCGUAUCAUACUGAAAUGUAGAUGCUAAAUUGUUCAACAUCAGAAGAGAAGUAAGUCUUGUGAAAAGUGUGUGUCGUUGGCUUUAAGCUUACAUUGCUGAAACGCUUCCCGAUGAAUCGCAAAAGCUGAAACGGUCGAUGUUUAGCACGAAUGCAUGCGCUGACGAACGGGAUGUUUCUCCUUCCCGUCCGUCGAGAUGGCGGCGGAUCGCUCUCACAGAACAGUGUGCGUAGUGACGAUUUAAAUGUGUUUGAGCCUGAGGCACGUUAGCAGCAAUGACCAGCUUCUGUACCGCAUAGCCAAGCCUUAGCGUUUAGCAAGCACAACUGCAUCAUAAUUAUUCCAAUGUGCCACUUAGUUCAGCUUCAACAGUCGACAGGCAGCAGAUGAAUUUUGUGCAAAAGACCUUUUCAGGAGUGAGCCAAGUAUUGUUUUUUUUUUUUUUGCAUAACUGGAAAACUCACAAAAUCUUAUGGUCGGGUACUUUGGAGACAACUUUUCAAAGGACUUAAGAUGGCAUGUAUACAAGCAAGACUUUAGCCUAGAUGUUACAUUACAUUACAGGCAUUUGGCAGACGCUCUUAUCCAGAGCGACUUACACAACUUUUUUUACAUAGCAUUUUACAUUGUAUCCAUUCAUACAGCUGGAUAUAUACUGAAGCAAUUUCGGUUAAGUACCUUGCUCAAGGGUACAACGGCAGUGUCCUUACCCGGGAAUCGAACCUGCGACCUUUCGGUUACGAGCCCAGUUCCUUACCCACUGUGCUACACUCCUUUACCUAGGAUACCUAGCCACCGAGGUGAUGAAGACCCAAUAAGGAUCGUGCAUGAUUGCUCUGCUCUACAGUGGCACUGGAAGCUGGACUAAGCUGCGUAAUCACACCGAAUAGACGGUCCUCAGUCAGCUGAGAGUUGAAGCUCAUUAGCUAAAGAUCUAUGGUAGGGUCACCACCUGCUAGUUCCCAGGUUAAGCAGCCUAUGAAACUAUUCUGUGUGUCAGUCAAUCUACACGCAGGAAACAGUUAUAGUUUCUCUACACAUUAAAGUUCUAGCCAAGCUUUGUGCUGCGGGGCCUACUCAAUUAUACUCCUAUUGGGCCCAUGACCUUCACGUUAUCGCAAUCUAAAAUCUCAUUUUGUGUUGCUUGCAUUGCUGGAUCCAGUAGUACCUGACCCCUCCAGAGUAAGCUGGGAUUGAGAUGCAAUACCCUCAGUGUACGUGCAUGUCAUGCAGUAUGCAGGCCGUGGGACCCCAUAGGGUGCCCACGGGAGGCAUUAAGGGCAGCGCCUGCUCGCUCAUCUCCGUUUCCCGCUGCCCGCUGGGCGAGGCUCGCCCUGCAGUGCGUAAAGCUGCUCGUGCUAACGGAAGGAGCUGAAGACCCCUUCUGUCUGUCUGGCUAGCGCAUGGCUAGCACACCCAGCGCACCAGCGUUGGUGCAUGGAGCAGUCUGGGGCAGCCCGGGGCGUGUCUGUCUAACACCCAGCGCACCAGCGUUGGCGCAUGGAGCAGUCUGGGGCAGCCCGGGGCGUGUCUGACUAACACACCCAGCACACCAGCGUUGAGAGAGGACGUUUCAUCACCCUUCUUCUUCUUUGAAAAAUAAAGCGCUCCGACUACACUGCCAGAAACCUUAAUAAACCACAGAUGACAAGCGGUCAUCUAGCGCAGGUUCCUAAUAACACACCAGACCAACAAAGCCAAUGAAAACAGAGAAUGAAUGUUGUAGGUUGUUGAAAAUGCCUUAAUACCACCAGCAGCUUUCUAACUGUGUGCUUAGCUGGCGGCACUGUCAUGGGAGCUCAUUCUCCUUACUCUCUGUAGGAUUAAGUGUGAUGUAACAUUAGCUUAAAACCAUCCUGAAAAAACAUAGUGAACUGUUUCUCUCCUGUUUCUUCUGAUGUGUGGCACAUAUCAAUAAAACUUGGCACUGACGAA